ACAUAUACAUAUAUAUUAUAAGAUAAGAAGUUAUAUACUAAAUAUAUAGUGACGAACAACAUACAAUUAUUAACACUUUAAGUACAAACUCCAUGCAGUAAACUUUCGAUACUGUAAAGUGAUAUUCAGACAGCCAACGAUGUCGUUUAAGAACGAAAAAAUUGGUAUAAUUGGCAGUGGUUUAAUUGGUCGCAGUUGGUCAAUGCUUUUUGCUAGUGUAGGAUACGAAGUAAUUAUUUAUGACAUUGUAAAAGAACAAAUCACUCGAGCUCUUGAAGAUAUUCAUCAGCAAUUGAAGCAUCUUGAAAAUAGCGGUCUUUUAAGAGGUGCACAUACCGCGGAGCAACAAUUUAAAUUGAUUAAAGGAUCAACUAAUUUAGUCGAAGUUGUAAAAGGGGUUAAGCUAAUACAAGAAUGUGUGCCUGAAAAUUUACCAUUAAAACUUAAACUUUAUAAUGAACUCGAUAACUUAGUUGAUGAUAAAGUUAUUUUAUCUUCUUCAACAUCUACUUUUCGUCCCUCUUUAUUAAGCGAAAAUUUAAAACAUCGUGAACAAGUUAUUGUAUCGCACCCGGUAAAUCCCCCAUAUUAUGUACCACUUGUAGAAAUAGUGCCAGCUCCUUGGACUCGUGCUGAAAUACCAUUGCAAGUGAAAGCUAUUAUGACUGAAAUAGGUCAAACACCUGUUGUACUAACUAGAGAAAUUGAUGGUUUUGUGCUUAAUCGAAUACAAUAUGCAAUUUUAAAUGAAGCAUGGAGAUUAGUUGCUGACGGAAUAUUAAAUGCGAAAGAUGUAGACGCAGUUAUGAGUGAAGGUCUUGGAAUGCGAUAUGCAUUUCUUGGUGCAUUUGAAGCGGCGCAUUUAAAUGCAGAAGGAAUGAAAAAAUAUUGUGAAACAUAUAAAAAUUCAAUUUAUGAUGUAAGUAUGACGUUUGGUCCAGUUCCUAAAUUUGAAGGAGAAAUGGCAGAAAAAAUUAGCAAUGAAUUAAAUGAGAUGUGUCCACUAGAAAAAUUAAAAGAAAGACGUAUAUGGAGAGAUGAUGCUUUGACAAAAUUAUCUCUAUUAAAAAAAGAAUUGAAUAAGAAAAAAUAAAAAAAUUAUUAUAUUAAAAUGUUGAAAUUGUUUAUUAUUAAAUAAAAUUGUAACAAAUAUAAUAUGUUAAAAGUU